AUAAAUUAAGGUUAGGCUGGGCUUAAGUUACCGCGAGAGUUUCGCAAGGCUAGGGUUACCCCCCCCCCACAUCCGCGCGCUGCCUCCUCGUGAGCGGUUCGGGGAGUGGACCAGGCAGCCAGGUUUACACGCAGAGGCAACAGCUGCCUCCUCUAGACUGUAGACUGGACCGGGCUGAAGACUGGACCGGACUGAAGACUGGCCAUUGUCGGGGAGGUGAAAACAAGCAGGAAGGUCUCGUCUAUCAACCAAAGCCAAAUCUUAGACGUCUCUCGCCUCAAAGCCCUUGCAUUUACAAUGGAGCUGCAGAAAAUGAACGGACACAGCAGAGAUGAUGGGUUUGACGGCCUGGAAUCCAUGGCUGAGCGUGAUGAAUUUCUGCCACAUAAAGGUGGUGGCAGGAAAGAGACUCAUUUUACAGACUUUGAAGGGAAAACUUCAUUUGGCAUGUCCAUCUUUAACCUCAGUAAUGCCAUUAUGGGAAGUGGAAUUCUGGGACUUGCUUUUGCAAUGUCCAACACCGGAAUCAUUCUUUUUUUAAUCCUGUUGCUGUUCAUUGCUAUUCUGUCAGCCUAUUCCAUCCACCUCCUGUUGAGAAGUGCUGGAGUCGUCGGUAUCCGGGCCUAUGAGCAGCUUGGAAACCGCGCUUUUGGAGGCCCGGGCAAAUUAUUAGCCGCCUGCAUCAUAACAGUACACAACAUAGGAGCAAUGUCCAGCUACCUCUUCAUUGUUAAAUCUGAGCUCCCACUGGUCAUUCAAGCGUUCCUUGGAAAAUACGAAAACACAGGAGAGUGGUUCUUGGAGGGAAACUACCUGAUCAUUAUUGUUAGUGCUGCCAUCAUCCUUCCACUAGCAGUCAUGAAACAACUUGGGUACCUGGGCUAUACGAGUGGCUUCUCCCUUUCCUGCAUGGUCUUCUUCCUCAUUUCGGUCAUCUACAAGAAGUUCAACAUUCCCUGUCCUCUUCCCGCGAAGCACGUGAACAUGACUGAAAUUGCUAAGGAUUUCACUAAUGGGACAGAUGACUUCUGUGAGCCCAAGAUGUUCACCAUCAACUCACAGACAGCAUACACCAUCCCAAUCCUGGCCUUCGCUUUUGUUUGUCACCCCGAGGUGCUCCCCAUCUACACUGAGCUACGCAAUGCUACCAAGAAACGCAUGCAGACUGUUGCCAACAUCUCCGUCCUGGCCAUGUUCACCAUGUACCUGCUCACGGCGCUUUUCGGUUACCUGACCUUUCACGGUGCCGUGGAGUCAGAGCUGUUGCACACCUACAGUCAAGUGGACCCCUUGGAUACGCUGAUCUUGUGUGUUCGUCUGGCGGUGCUGGUUGCUGUCACUCUGACUGUGCCCGUUGUCCUCUUCCCGAUCCGCAGGGCCAUAAUGCAGAUUCUGUUCCCAGACAAACCCUUCCAUUGGGUCAGACACAUCUGUAUUGCGAUUUGCCUCAUCGCUAUCGUCAACCUGCUUGUUAUCUUCGUCCCCUCGAUCCGAGACAUCUUUGGCCUCAUUGGGGCCACUUCUGCACCCAGCCUCAUCUUCAUCCUCCCUGGUAUCUUCUACAUCCGGAUCGUUCCCGAAGAACAGGAGCCUUUGCUGUCCAGACCCAAGAUUCAGGCUGCAUGCUUUGCCGCAUUGGGAUUCAUCUUCAUGGUAAUGAGUUUGUCGUUCAUUGUCAUUGACUGGGUGACCGGAGAGGCUCGAAGUGGAAGUGGCCACUAACCAUCGCAGCUUAAAACAAGUAUUACAUACAGAAUGCCAACCAAAGCCCUCCCAGUCAUUAAAUUACCCCCGAUCUGCUCAAUACCAAAGCCAAAGAAGAGUGUUUGGCUACACAAGAGGAGGGAUAUGCAACGAACCUUCCCCCUACAAGAAAAGAGUUUUGACUUUUAGUGGGCAGACAGUAGGUCACGAUUGGAGGAGAGGACACAGACCCACAAGAUAAACCAACCACUGUGUUCCAACCAAGAAAACGGCACUGUGGCUCACAUUAAGGAUGUUUUUGAAGGCACUAGCAGAGAUGCUGGAGAGACCGGCAAGUGAAUGAAAAACAGAUAGGAACACCAUGAGUGAUGAGAAGGGACAGAGUGAAUCAAAUGGAAAUACCAUUUUUUAGUUCGAUGUUCCAAGUUUGAUGAUGCAGGAUGCAUGCGCGGGUAACCUAUAGGGAGUAGCUCGGUCACUGCCACAUUCAUUUCUGUAAUACAUAUGCCCACCCUGCCAUUCCAAUUUUAACACAUUAGAAAACACACCGAUGAGCCAAAACAUUAUGACCGCCUACCUAAAAUGCUGUUGGUCCUCCCUGUGUCCCCAAAUCAGCACCGACCCCGCUGAGGCAUGGACUCUACAAGACCCCUGAAGGUAUCCUGUGGUAUGCUGCACCAAAACAUUAGCAGCAGAUCCUCCAAGUUCUGUAAGUUGCAAGUUGGAGCCACCGUGGAUCGGAUUUGUCGGUCCAGCACAUCCCACAGAUGCUCAAUCGGAUUGAGAGCUGGUGAAUCUGGAGGCCAGGGCAACACCUUGAACACUUUAUGAUGUUCCUCAAAUCAUUCCUAAACAAUGUGUGCAGUGUGGCAGGGUGCACUAUCCUGCGGAAAGAGGCCACUUCCAUCAGGGAAUACUGUUACCAUGAAGGGUUGUACCUGGUCUGUUUAGGUGUUUAGGUAGGUGGCACGUGGCAAAUUGACAUCAACAUGAAUGGCUAGACCCAGGAUUUCCCAGCAGGGCAUUGCCCAGAGCAUCACACUCCCUCCACCGGCUUGUCGCCUUCCCACAGUGCAUCCUGGUGUCAUCACUUCCCCAGGUAAACAGCACACACGUACACGGCCAUCCAAGUGAUGUAAAAGAAAAUGGGACUCAUUUGACCAGGCGACCUUCUUCCAACUGAUCCAAGGUCCAGUUCCAACACUCGCAUGCCCAUUGUAGGGGUUUUCGAUUGUGAACAGGGGUCAUCAUAGGCACUCUGAUGGGUCUGUGGCUACACAGCAGGGUGCAAUGCACAGUGUGGUGACACAUUCCUCCCGUAACCAUCGUUAAAAUUUUCUGUGACUUGUGCUACAGUAGACUUAUGUCGGUUUGAACCAGAUGGGGAGAGCCUUCAUUGCCCUUGCACAUUGAUGUGCUUGGGUGCCCAACACCCUGUUGCCAGUUUUUGGUUUGUCCCUCCUUGGACCACUGUUGGACCGGCAGCACCCCACAACCCUUGCUGUUUCAGAGAUGCUCUGGCCCAGUCGUCUGGCCAUAACCAUUAUGCCCUUGUCAAAUUUGCUCAGGUCUUUACUCCUGCCCAUUUCUCCUGCAUCCACACGUUGACUACAAGAACUGAUUGUUCGCUUACCAUCUAGUCUACCCAGACCUUGACAUGUGCCCUUGUUUGGAGAUGAUCAACACUAUUCGGUUCGCCUAUAAGUGGUCAUAAUGUUUUGGCUCAUCUGUGUAACACAAACAUGGCGACAUGUUGCAGGUAAUGGUAAAAAAAAAAGAAGCACAUCUCACUCAGUUCUUUCAUCAAUGGUGGUUUUGUUAUGUAUUUGUCCAAGCAAAACUAUUUUUGCAUUGAUGUCCAAAUAAUUUUAUCUGUGAAGUCAACCACACUAACGUUUUCAAUCGAUCAAGGAUUGAUGACUUUUUCAAAAACGGGAGGCUUCUAGUGUGUUGAAUGUUGUUUUUAUUCCUCUAUCCAAAGGUUUUAAUAUAAGUGUUGUGAAGGUCCUUCAUCUUUAACGUUGAGUCGAAGUUGACUACACUAAGAGUACUAUGAUCUGGCAAAUGCCAGCGCAAUGUUAAAUGCAGUUCAUAUUAAAGUCUUUUAAAUACAAACAUAUUCUUACUUCUGUAUUACGUGAAUCUACAGAAGAAGACGGUCUUAACCUCAUGACACGAGAUGUUUGUUGUUUGUCGUCUGUGUAAAAAAAAAUAAAAAAAUCCAUAGCUGCAGACCGGAGAGUGUGGACAUGAAUGUCAGCUCGAGGUAGGCUGAAGAAGGCUUGCUACCAGUUUAUAACCGUGUACAGCGACGGCGAUUACCUGAUGAGACGGUGCUUUCGAAAGCGGUGUGAAAAAUGUAUUUUUGUAAGCAGUCCCAGAAACUGUUGCAAAUGGUCAAUAUGUGAUCCCCGGACCUCCUUUCAGACAAUUCUGGCUUUGACCUCGAAAAUUGACUUAAAAUGUAUGUUUUGGUUUGCUGUUCUUCCUGUACAUUUUUAAAUUAAUUUGCUAUCUGUCAAUAAAGUUCGUAC